UCACAAGGAAGAAACCGAGAAAAAAAAAAAAAAAAAAAAACCCAGAAAAACCUCUUUCCUUUUGCUUGCACAAAUUGUGCUUUUUCUUUCAUUGAUUCCUAUCGGAAUUCAGCACCUCAAAAGCCAAAACCCACAUAAAGGUGUCCUUUCUCCCGAUUCUUUUGCAGAAGAUAUGAGAUAAAAUUCUCGAGAGUUAAUUGUGCUGUCAUGAGUACGGAGUUUUACCCAUUUGUGAUUCUUUAGGGUUUUCGACUUGGUGUGUAUCGGUGAUUGAUUGAUUGUGUUUGCGCAAAAUAAGAGAGAUGCAAACAGAUAAAUCAGAGCAGAUGAGAUCGGUGGCAGCAGAUACUCGAGGGAAACACAGAAUUUCGGCUGAAUUGAAGAGACUUGAACAAGAAACUCGCUUCUUGGAGGAGGAAUUGGAUCAGCUUGAAAAAAUAGAAGCAGCAUCUGCUGCAUGCAAGGAAAUCCUAAGUAAUGUGGAAACAAGGCCAGAUCCACUACUUCCAAUCACAAAUGGGCCCACAAAUCCAUCAUGGGAUCGAUGGUUUGAGGGACCUCAAGAUAAAUCGGGAUGCAGAUAUAAACAGAAAACAGGCGUCUUUCCCAAAUGGGUCAUUGUGCAGAAACGUCAAAUUCUUUUUUCGAAUGUAGAGGAAACUAAAGGGUUUUAG